AUGACCCUCCCCCGCAGGCUCCGCCCCUCCCCCGCCGGCCUCGCGCUGCUGCCCUCCCUCCCGGGCAUGGCCCCGGCCUUCGUCCCCCAGCCCCCCGGGCAGCCCCACCCUCUGUGGGCACUGAGCACCCCGGCCACCAUGAAGAGGCUGCGGAACUUGGGGCUCUUUGACUUCCUCCAGGGCCCCCCCAAGUGGGUCCCCAUCCUGGGGGAGCUGCAGAAAACGCUUCAGAAGGGCGAGUACCUGCCCCUGCACCCGCUGCCCAUGUUCGAGAGUAACUUUGUUCAGGUCACCCACCAAGGGGGUCCAGUGUACCUACAUCAUGACAGCAACCGCCUGACCAUGGGCGUGGCCUCCACGUUGCCCAGCCUGGGGCUCCCAGACAUUCUGCUGAUCGCCAGGCCCCCCGAGGGCAAGGACUCUUCCAGCCUCAUCCUCACCAGGUCGCAGUUGGAGCCCGCCGAGGAGAGCGGUCAGGCGGACAUCGCGCUUGCAGAGAAGCCCAGCAUCACCAUCCGGACCAUCUUCAGUAUCAUCUCCACCACCGUCAACCAGAGAGAGUCCUCCAAGGCCAGCCAUACACUGGGGACCGUCGGGGACCACUGGGCCUUGGGAUCCCCUGGCCACUCCUCUGAGCCCGGCGAGGUGACCCUCUGUGUGACCCCUCCACGCUGUAUCUCGCAGCACAGCCCUGCCUUCUCCUCGGUGGUGGCCUAUGACCAGUUGGAGCAGAUCCUGUUGAAGCAGGACAUAGAAGACCUCAUGGACACCCAGUCCUCCACGCUGACAUCCUCCUUCUCCCCGAACAUCCACCCCACUGCCUUCUACCACUCCACGCCAUACCCCUCCAUUCUUCGGCACAAAGUCAAGGCCCGGCCACCAGCCUCUCAGAAGGCCCAAUCAAUCCCUGUCACAUCUGGGAAGACUCCAUUCAUUUCUGACCGUUCCCAGAAGGUCAAAACUUCCCCCCGUAUUCCUGUCCCCUCACGCAAGGUCCCAUCUGUCACUGACCCCUCCCAGAAGGCCCCUCGUGUUCCCGUCCCAUCCAAGAAGUUCCCCCCUGUCCCUGUUCAUGCCCCAUCCCACAAGACACCCGUUGCUUCUGACACAGCCCAGAAGGCCCCCCAUAUUCUUGUCCCCUCAGGAAAGGCCACCCCCCCGAGGGCCCCAACCCGGAAGACUUUCUUCCUGCCUACCUUAUCCCAGAAGGCGCUGAGCUCGCCCGCCCAGUACCAGGGAGGCUUCAGCUCCCCUCCCUCACUGGAAAAGAUCCCUGCUGAGCCCAGCUUGUGGCUGGCAGGAAGUCACAGUGGAGACCAGCCGGAGGGGCGUCGGCCUAAAGCGAGACCCCUGCCCCCGGUGACGGUGAGUACCCAGAAGAAGGACGUGGUUGAGCGGAGGACCCAGGAGAGGUCCCUGGAGCUGCCCUUCAGCACGACCAAGAGGACGUCGGAGGAGGUCCUGGUGAGCCGGACCCGGGAGAUGACCAUCGAGGAGUUGAAGGGCACGGGGAAGUCGGAGGAGAGGGUCAUCAAGAAGAAGGAGGAGACCACCGUGGAUCUGCCAGGCCUCAAGUCCAAGGGGACGGAGCAGAGGAAGAUGUGGGUGCAGACCACGGAGCUGAGCCUACAGGGGCCCCCAGCGGACCACAACAGGCCCCUCUCGGUGGAGGGCCUGGCCCUGGCCAAGCUGAUGAUCAUGGCUAGAUCCCAGGAGCAGCAUUCGAGACCCGCCGUCCUGACACUGCCCUCCUGGCUCUCCAUCAACGCCGAGAAGCCCCCUGUGCCUCGGGUGGCCUCCAUGUCCCCCAAGUGCAGCCAGUUGUCUUGGCUGGAGGGGUCCCCGGUGGUGGUCAGGGAGCAGCCGGAGCCCGUCUCCUGGGUGGAACAGAGUUUGCAGCACCGGUUCGCCCUGUGCCUCAGCAGCUCCGCGGAAGGACCUCAUCCUCCGGCGUGCUGA